AUGGCCAUGUGCCGCUGUAGAAGCCGCUGGAGAGGAUGUGCCACUGUGGCCUUGGUGUGCAGCUUCCUCCUGCAAAGAGGCGGAGCCGGCGGAGCAUGGAUUCAACCAGACACCAAGACCCUCACCCGGGUUGGAUGGAGCAGCCCUGCCAUGGGCAGUGGACUGAGAAGUUGGCAGAUGCGAACUGGAGUCGGGUCGACCGUGACCAUGAAAGCAGUCGAGAAGGAGCUUGACACCGAGGCCGUUGGGAAAUAUCUCGCUGCCAUCGCGGUGCAAAUGCUGGCGAUCAGCGCCUUCUUCGCGGCCCUGGAUGCAGUCUUGACGAGUUCCGAGUUUCAACCACCGGAGGACUGGGCUAUCUUUGGACUUUUCUUUGGGAUGAGCAUCAGAUCUCGGCUCUUCUCUCCCUUGGACAACUCUCGUCCCGACAUCGAGAAAGCGGCCAAAGGAGAAGCCACUGGUGGCUUCAACGACCGACAGAUGCCCAGUUGGACGCCUCCGGGCAUUUUCUUUCCCAUCAUGUGGAUCCUCAUUGUGGCCCCACUGCGGGCAGCCGCCUCCAUGAUGCUUUGGCAGCAGGUGGGACAUCUUUGUGAUGGCACAAUCCUAGCCCUGAUGCUGCAUUUGUCCAUUGGAGAUACCUGGAACACUGUGAAUAAUGUGGAGCGCAGACUAGGUGCGGCCGUGCCAGGAGUGUUGUGUGUUUGGGCAUCCGCGUUGUUCGCGAGCUAUGCCUACUAUCAGGUGGUGCCCCUGGCCGGUGAGCUCCUUCUCCCCACCUGUCUUUGGCUCACCGUGGCGGCCGCACUGGUCACCGACACCUGGCGUGUGAACAACAGCAGCGGUUUGGAACCUUUGUUCCCUUACCGCUCGCCAAACGCGACGCCUCCUUCCCUUCCAGAUGUGGUUUCGUACCAACACCUGAUCAAUGCAGCGGCAGCCACGGAAGACGAAGACAGCGUGGACCAGUGGCUUUCUGAGAUGCGGAAUGCAAGUUUGUCACCUGAUGUGAUCACCUACACCAGCCUCAUGGAAAGCCUGGUGAGUCGAGGUGCUGAUGAGCAGGCCAAGAGAUGGUUGCAAACCAUGGUGAACGAAUCAGUGCAACCAAACUUGGUGAUGUUCAACGUCCUGCUCGCCUCCACUGGCAGGCAAGGUGAUUGCAGCAGACAAGAGCAGUGGCUCCAAGAGCUUCGACGACAGCGGCUACAGCCCGACCGCGUCUCCUUCAACACGCUGAUCUUGGGGCAAGUCAGAGCUGGCGAGCUGGAGAGGGCAGAGCAGAGUUUGGAGGAGCUUCGCAAAGCGAGGUGCAGGCCUGACUUGCUCUCCUACAUGCCGCUCCUGGAUGCCUAUGCCAGAACGGGCGACGCCGUGCGGGACUCGUUUCCGCUCGGCCAACGGCAACAGGCAACACGGAACACCCGAGCAGCAGCAACAAGAGUGAUGGAUCGUGAUCUGUAG